AUGGUUGAGGCAAAUAUUACUGGCAAAGUGCUGUCGCCAUCGCGAAUGGCGCACAUCGUACUUAGAACCCCGAGGUACAAGUCUAUGGUCGAGUUUUAUAAGAGCUUACUAGGCGCUCAUGUUGUGGCCGAGACGGCAGUCAUGGCCUUUUUAACUUACGACGAGGAACACCAUCGUAUCGCAAUAUGCGCGAUACCGGGAUGUGGUGACAAGGUGCGCAGCAGCGCGGGUUUAGAUCACAUUGCCUUCACUUUCGACUCGUUGAACGACUUCGCAACAGCCUAUCUCCAGCGGAAAGCGCGUGGCAUCUUACCCGUAUGGUCCGUAAACCACGGACCGACGACUUCCAUGUAUUAUCAAGAUCCCGACGGAAACGUGAUAGAGACGCAAGUAGACAAUUUCGAUACGGUUGAGGAAGCCACCGAGUACAUGAUGGGCCCUGAACUGGCCGAGAACCCCUUCGGAGUUGACUUCGACCCCGAAGACCUAGUCAGGCGUUUGAAGAGCGGUGAGCCAGAGGUUGAUAUCAAGAAACGUCCUAAUAUCGGUCCUCGAAGUAUAGAUGAUGUUCCUCUUCUCCAUCUGCCUCCACCCGUCGUGAAAGACAGUUAUGAACCUAUCGAGGGCCUAUCUAACGCCACGCCUGCGAUGCAAAAGUUCCAAGCCGGUUCAGUGGCGGUGUAGGAGACGAUGUACGACUAAAGUAGGACUAGCAUCUCAGUCUCCGCAAUGAGGGAUAUGUAUUAUAGUCACCUGAAUUCAUCCUUGGCGGUGUGUCAGGCCAGUCACUGUAGGAUCAAAAGAAAAGCGGCUCUCGGAAAUUUUUUAAAAUGAACAAUAUGGUUCGACCCGGUCCGAAAUCAUGAAAAGUGACGAUAUUAUCGGGUAGUAUUUCUCGGAAAGGAGUCAUCGUCUCGGACAGUCCCGUUCUAGUGGGACGUAUAAUGAUGAACAUUGUUACUAAUGAGAAAAUGCGGUAUUUGGAAUGGUUCACUCUAUAGAUGCCAAUCGGGUCUAUCCAAUACACACCCCAGCGACGCGCGAGGGUCACACUUGAAGUGAGAUACGAAGAUGCAUGAUCGCAACGAAAGAGCCGAUCCCAGGAGGCGGUAAUAGAAGAACUGCAUGAAGCGGCGACCGACUCGGAUCCGAUGACAACG